AUGGGUGGCGUCGUGGGCGAGCUCACGUCAAAGCUCUCUGCAAGCGAAUCAACACAGACCAGCCAAGCAGACACGCUGUUGCAAGUCCAAGGCCAGAUCUCAACCAUCCUGUCCAAGCAAGCAGACUUUGCAGCUUUCCAAAAGGCAUCGAGCCGUGGCCUUGUUCCGGAUUCCCCUGCAUCCACCUGCGGCGAAGUGACAUCGAAAGAUGACGGCGUCUACUACUUUUCCACCUCCACCGGCGUUUUCACGGCGUUUUGUGACUUCCAGCGCGAUGGCGGCAAGUGGGCGAAGGUGCUUCAGUAUCCGGGACAGAACUACGUGGGCUGGACCGAUGACAGCACAGGAUCCGUGGGCAACAUUGCCACGAAGGACCUCGUGUCAUCCUUCAGCAAGCUCUCAGACGUGCAAAUCAACAGCAUCAAGUCGUCAGCCUCUGACUUUCGCGUGUGGAAGAUCGAGUCGGGCUGCACAAACAACAACUUGUACAUCAUCACGCCCCACUCGUAUGUGGACACGCGAAUAGACCUUGGUCUCGCACUGGAUGAAGUGCACAUUCACUGCCUUGCACCGACGCUUGCCGAGUGUGAUGGUAACUGGAACACGGGGGACAUGCGCGGGUAUGACAACGGCGGCGGCCUUAACCUGCUUGACACGUAUUACGUCAGUGGUGACUUGGAUCAAUCGUGCAACCGGUUCUUCUUCGGGCAUCGCGGGAGUGACAACCACUACACGUGCUAUGGCCCAAGCGACAACUCCCGUCGCUGCAUGAGCGCAGGUCUAUUCGGGAACGAUGCUGCCAUGCUCGUUAUCAACCGUGAGCUCAGCGUCGCUGUGCACGUCAUCAAGCCAGACAGCUAUCUUGGUCUGUCACCGUGGCAGCCACGCCAGCCCAGCAGUCCCCUGCCCCCAUCACUUGGUGGCGGCGAUGAAGAUGAAACUCCACACACCGUCACAGGCGAAUACCCUCCCUUCAGUCUCGACGACUGA